UUUGGAGAAAUUAGGUGUUACAGUUUUACCCGAUAAUCAUAAAAAUGACGAAUAUUUCUAUGAAAUUAUUGUUUUUACCGGUCAACGAAAGAGUUCGGGAACGAAAUCCAAUGUUUAUUUUGUUCUUCAUGGAAAUGAUGAUGAAACAAAUAUUCGAACAUUUGCAGAUCCAAAUCGUGAAAUUCUUCAACGUGGUGGAAUUGAUGCAUUUCUCAUGAGUGUUCCGAAAUCUCUUGGUUUAUUAAAUUGUAUUCGUAUUUGGCAUAAUAAUUCAGGUAAAGGAUCGUCUUCAUCAUGGUUUUUAAAAUAUUUAAUUAUUCGUGAUUUACAAACAAUGGAAACAUUUCAUUUUAUUUGUCAAAAAUGGUUGGCAGUCGAAGAAGAUGAUGGAAAAAUUGAACGACUUUUACCGGUUGCGAGUGAUCUGGAAAAACAGCAAUUUGCACAUCUCUUAGCAAAACGAACUUACCAUAGUGUUUCCGAUGGUCAUUUAUGGUUUUCAAUCUUUUCUCGUCCACCAUCAAAUCAAUUUACACGUGUUCAACGAUGUACAUGUUGUUUUGUUCUGUUCUUUUUCUCAAUGUUUUUAAAUAUUAUGUAUUAUGAUUUAUCAACUGAAGCCAAAUCAACAAAUUCAUCCACUAGUGUUAGUUUAUCUUUUGCUGGUCUUUAUAUCACAAGUGAACAAAUAAGCAUUGGAAUAAUUGUGGAAAUCUUUGCAUUUCUCCCGAGUUUACUUCUUAUCCAAUUCUUUCGACGUCUUCGUCCUCGUCGACCUCAACAAUCCCCAUUACGUAAAGCUUUAUAUAAAGUUCGGCGAACAACACAAAAUGAAAAUGCUCCAAAUGAUAUGAAGACGAAGACGAAGAAGAGAUCAACAUUGAUGUUUCCUUGGUGGUGUAUUUUCAUUGGUUAUGGAUUGUGUUUAAUGAUAGUUGGUGUUUCAAUUUUAUUUAUAAUUGCUCGUGGAAUUGAAUUUGGUGAUUUGAAAAGUCAAAAAUGGUUGACAUCAAUUCUCACUGGAUUUUUCUCGUCAAUUCUCUUUACUCAACCAAUUAAGAUCAUUGUAUUGGCGAUAUUCUUCGCAUGUUUUUGUUCGAAAUCCAAUGAUGAAAAUCGAGAAGCAAAUGAAUGGUUAGAUGAUAAUUCUGUUGAUUUGAAUUAUGAUGAAGAAUAUCUUCAUGAAAAGAAGGAUGAAAAUUUAUUUACAUAUCGAAAUCCAAUUCGUGCAAAUCGUUUAACAGAAAACGAAGUGAUAAGUUUACGUGAAGAACGUUUAAAAGAAAUCGAAAUGUGGUCAAUGAUUCGUGAAAUCGUUGUUUAUCUCACAUUUCUUCUUUUCUUAUUUAUUUUUGUUUAUUCCGAUCGAGAUUUGAAUUCAUUUUUACAAGUAAAUCAUUUACGAAAAUACUUUCUCAACACUCGACAAGAGAAUUUGGAUUUUACAAAAAUUUCAACAGUUGAUGAUUAUUGGAAUUGGUUGGAAAAGAGUUUUAUUAAAAAUCUUCGUGCCCAAAAAUGGUAUAAUGAUGAUCCACCUCGAAAUUUAAGUGGAUUUAUUAAUGAUAAAUCAAAUCGAUUAAUUGGUUGGGCAACAAUGAGACAAUUACGAGUCAAAUCGGAAUUGUGUGUGAAAAGAGAUUUCAUUGAUCAACUUUGUUCAUCUGAUUAUAAUUUUGUAAAUGAAGAUCGAAAUUCGUAUCAACCAGGAUGGACAAAUGUCUCAUCGACAAAUCCAAUAAGUUCAUUUCUUGUCAAAGCAUUUCAAUAUCAAUCAAAUGAAACAUUGGACACGUAUAUUUAUCAAGGAAAUCACGGAAUCUAUGGGAAAGGUGGUUAUAUUUAUGAAUUUCGUGGAAAUCUCUUCUCAUUACAAACAAAUCUUUCUCAACUUCAUGAAAAUCAAUGGAUUGAUAAUCGAACACGUGCGAUAAUUCUUCAAUUAACUUUAUAUAAUCCAAAUGUUCAAUUAUUUACAUCAAUAACAUUUCUAACUGAAUUUUUAUCAUCAAGUGGUGUUUAUCCAUCAGUUCAAUUUCAACCAAUUAACUUUCAAAUUUUUUCAUCAACUUUUCAAUUGAUUUCUGCGAUUUCUUAUCUCCUCUUAAUUCUUUAUUUUAUGUUCGUUGAAUUACGAUUGAUGUUCAAUUUACAAUUGAAAUAUUUCCUUCGAUUUUGGUCUUUUAUUGAAAUAGGAAUCAUCGUUUGUUCGUGGACAAGUCUUCUCAUUUAUAUUUGGCGUUAUCGAGAAUGUCGAAGAAUUGAGAAUUUAUUUCGAGAAACCAAUGGAUUUGUUUUUAUUAAUUUACAAUUCACUUCGUAUAUCAAUGAACUUUUAACUUCUCUUCUAAGUUUUUCGUGUUUCUUUGGAACCAUCAAAUUGAUUAAAUUAUGUCGUUUUAAUCAACGUCUUUUUUUAUUUAUUUCAACACUUCAAUAUUCAGGCAAAGAAUUAUUUUCAUUUUCAUUGAUGUUCACAAUUGUCUUCAUGUCAUUUUUAUGUUUAUUUUAUUUAUUAUUUAUAUCGAAAUUAUCGGAAUGUUCAGGUUUAUUAGGAACAGCACAAAUGUUAUUUGAAAUGAUGUUAAUGAAGUUCGAUGCACAUCAAUUGAGUGAUGCUGCUGCUUUUCUUGGACCAUUUUCUUUCAGUUUAUUUAUUAUCUUUGUUGUUUUCAUUUGUAUGAGUAUGUUUUUUUCAAUUAUUGGAGAUAAUUUUCGAUUAGCAAGAGAAAAUAUCAAAGACACAAAUCGACAUUUGUAUUCUUAUGCAUUACAAACAUUUAUUCAAUGGACAGGACUGAAGAAAACGAAUGAUGAAGAUGUUUAUGUACAAAAAGAUGAACGAAUGCGUUCCGAAUAUCGGAAUCCUAUUGAACAAUUCCCCGAGAAAGUUGAUCAACUACUCAAUGCAUUAAACAGCAUUUAUGUUAAUCAAUCCAAGGAUAAACUCAAACUCAAGACACUUUAA